CCGGAAUCCAUCCCGCUAAUCUCAAAGACUUCGCUCCUGCCCCGGACAUCCUCGGUGAAUCACCACGAACACUCAUCAUAUCUGAUGCUCUGUCCUUCCUAAUGAAGAGCAAAUGGGCGAUGCGUAAAAGCUUCCUCAUCCCGGCUCGCGACUCACGUCACCGGACGGCAUGCUUCGCGCUCUAUCGCGCUCUGCUCAACCUCGCACCCCAUGUCCCACUCCCGUCCAACCUCGCAACAGCAUGGGGCCCUAAGAACCCCAUCGCGCACCUCAUAAGGCGCGCCUUCCGCCGCAACCGCGCUGAUGUCUCGCCUCGCCUUGUCUACCCAGCGUUGAAAGCCGGCUACAGAUUUUUGGCUCUGUUGCAGGGCGCGCAGACGCCUUCUUCGCCUGAACAUGACUCCGUGCUCUCUUUCCUGGAAGCGCGGUUGAAAGAGCGAAACCACACGCUCGCUCAAAAGGAACUCCACCCGCCCAACUCGAAGAACCCAGUCCAGAUGACGUCUGCGCCUAGUCCGCUGUCUGUUCCGCUGCUGGUCAACGUGACCCCGGAUCCCACACCCGAAAACCCUAACCCGAAACCCGUCUAUGCUGCUGCACACCGUCCGCGCCCAUUGUCUGAAUUGCCGCCCGGCGCAACGCGCAAAAUCCCCAAGUUCGACAUUGCCUCCGACUUCCCCAUCCUUCGGCUCGAUAAGCCGCAACCGCCCGUCCUUUCACGCGUACUGCGGCAGAAGAUCGUGAAGCGUCAGGAGCGCAUCACGAAAGUGAUGAGCAUUAUCGAGGAUGAGUUACCCGAGUGGGCCGACGAAGACGCGUGGGAGCGAAACGUGGCCGAUCUAAUGGAAAAGGAAUGGACAGAACGGCAAUGUGUGGCGCCGCACGAGCAACAGAUCCAGGAGACGGUGGCGCAAGCCAUCUGGGAGCACCAAGCUGAACAGCAGGACGAAAACGUAUACAAGCAGACCUUGUACAAGCAUGGUGUGUUGUGGCUCAACCGCGUUCUGUCUCGGGAACGCGAUGACGCGGUCGCCAGGGCCGAUGCGAUGCGCGUCAUCAUCGCCGAGGAGAAGGCAUUAGCGGAAAAGGAGAAGCAUGAACGCGCGGCUGAGAGGCGGUGCAGGUGGGAGGAGAAGAUGCGAGAGCUGCACGGAGAGGGCUGGGAGCAAACAGUGGAACAGGCCAACGCAGCUCACCGGAGAGAGAAAGAGGCUAAACCACGGCGGAAAGGAGAUGCGAUUGACAAAGAGCGGAGGGCGGCGCAGACAAAGGGGGAGGCAAAGAGGAAGGCAGUUGAAGAACAGAUGAAGGCACCGCUAGCAUGGCAGAAGGCAAAAGGGAAGGCGGCAGAGGAGUUUGGGCAGAAACGAGCAAACCCAAAGCAACCAGGAAAGACGAAGAAUGAGGUGUCUGAACAGGAGAUGGGGAAAAAGCCUGAAGAGGAGAAACGUCGCCUGGGCGGGACAAUUAACAGACCUCUGGUGAGGAGGACGCCCAUCAUAGGCCGAAGAGGAGUGACUGCCCGAAGGGCAAACAUUCCGGAUCAGAGAGUCGGACAAAAAGCGCCUGCGGAAUCAGUCGGAGGCGAGCGAAAGGAGCAGUGAUGACGAACAGGCAGUUCAGGGUGAAAGCGAUGGUGAGACGGGGGAGGGAGACGGGGAGACACCGGAGGUGGCCAAAAAAACGUGACCAGAAGUCCCAUUGUAAGAUCUUCUCGGAAUGAACAAAUCACCUCGCCUUGAUGUAUAUAGGUGUACAUUAUUAGGUU